AUGACUCAAAGCACAGUGGAAUGGGCAAUGACGGAAGUGUUAGCUAAUCCGAAGAAGAUGACUAAUGCAAAGAAUGAGCUGAGUAGUGUGAUAGGAGAGAAGAAGCAAACUGAAGAAUCAGACAUAUCAAGACUCACAUACUUGCAAGCACUGAUCAAAGAGACCUUACGGCUCCACCCUCCUGGUCCGUUUCUGGUUCCUCGAUGGGCAGAUCGUGAGGAUGAGAUUGGGGGAGGAUCAGACAUGACUCAAAGCACAGUGGAAUGGGCAAUGACGGAAGUGUUAGCUAAUCCGAAGAAGAUGACUAAUGCAAAGAAUGAGCUGAGUAGUGUGAUAGGAGAGAAGAAGCAAACUGAAGAAUCAGACAUAUCAAGACUCACAUACUUGCAAGCACUGAUCAAAGAGACCUUACGGCUCCACCCUCCUGGUCCGUUUCUGGUUCCUUGA